UCUAUUAAUACAAAAAGAAAACAGCACGGAAAACGCACAUUGCUGAACAAGUUCUUUUAAAAAGAUUUAAAAAGUAUUUUUCUCCAAUAAAAUGUCCGAUAAUAACGAAGAGGGAGCCAUUGGCGGCGAUCUGAACAACAAUGUCACGGGAAAUGGCCAGGAGGAAGUGCAUCAGCCGCAGAACGAGCUGCUCGACAUGGUUUUCACGUUGGAGAGCGAGAAACAGGCGCUGCUCGAGGAGUCUCGCAAGCGGAUCGGGGCACUCCGCAAAGACUUUGAGGAUGCCAAGGUGGAGAAUGAGCGGUUGAAGCGGCGGGUGGUGCAGCUGGAGCAGUCCCUCAAGCAGUCCGUCAUGCUGGGCGGCACAGAUGCGCCCAAGUCGCGGCAAGAGCAAGAGGAGCUGCUCCUGAAGGCUAAAACCCUGCUGUUCGAGAAGACCAAGGUGAACAAGCAGCAGGAGCAGCAGAUAGGCGUGCUCAAGACCCAGGUGGAAACGAUCAAGGACGUGCUGCAGGUGACCAAGGACAUGCUGCAGCUGAAGACCGCCGAGUGUGAGCACACGCAGGCGCGGCUGGAGAAGAGCCAGCAGUGGAUCAAGGCGGAGCAGGACAAGUGUGCGCUCACGGAGAAAAAGUUGGCCAUCUCAAAAGGAGUGUAUGACAAGCUGCGUUCAGAGUACGACACGCAGUCCAGGAUAUUCAAGGUAAGUUAUUGCUUUUUUCGUAGAAGCAGCUACAUAAAUCCCUCUUCCUCACAGGAUCUUAAGUCAGCCUACGAACAGAAGGUCAAGGUGCUCACCGUGGCCUUGGAGGAAGCCAAAAAGUAGAUGAACAAUUUAAUAAACUACGUUAAUUAAAUGCACACAUCUCGUUUAUAAGUUUAAUAAUUUAAUGCUCUCCGUGUCUGUCUCGG